CGAAAGCCUCACCGGAAGACACACUUCGCUGUCCAACAAUCCAUUGAAUUCUUCACAAUCAGUGACUGUAAUAUAGUUUAUGUGAAAGACAUUAAUGAGACACUCAGUGGACAAUCAUUUGGCGGUCAGUCCAGCGCUGAUCCCACUCUUAACAUACCAUUCAAUUUGAGCCUUAAGUCCAGUGAAUUGGAGGCAAAAAAUAACCUUUUGUUGCCUUAUAUUAAAAGUGAUAUAUCUUUCAGAACACAUGAGGAAACAAAAGUCUUCUAUGAAUUCGACAAAAACGAUGACAUCGAUGAAGAAGAUCCAGACGAAGACCUCGAUAUUUGA